CUGAGUCCUGCGAAGAUGAAACUGAAAGUUCUCAAGAGGUCAAAGCAUAAAGAUGCCUAUCAAGUGAUACUGGAUGGUGUGAAAGGUGGUACCAAGGAAAAACGAUUAGCAGCUCAGUUUAUUCCUAAAUUCUUCAAGCAUUUUCCUGAGUUGGCAGAUUCUGCUAUCAAUGCACAGUUAGACCUCUGUGAGGAUGAAGACGUAUCAAUUCGACGCCAAGCAAUUAAAGAGCUGCCUCAGUUUGCCACUGGAGAAAAUCUUCCCCGAGUGGCAGAUAUACUAACUCAACUCUUGCAGACAGAUGACUCUGCAGAAUUUAACUUAGUGAACAAUGCCCUAUUAAGUAUAUUUAAGAUGGAUGCAAAAGGAACAUUAGGUGGCUUAUUUAGCCAGAUACUUCAAGGAGAAGACAUUGUUAGAGAACGAGCAAUUAAAUUCCUUUCUACAAAACUUAAGACUUUGCCAGAUGAAGUCUUAACAAAAGAAGUAGAAGAACUUAUACUAACUGAAUCCAAAAAGGUCCUAGAAGAUGUGACUGGUGAGGAAUUCGUUCUGUUCAUGAAGAUACUAUCUGGGUUAAAAAGCUUACAGACAGUGAGUGGGAGACAGCAGCUGGUCGAGCUGGUGGCUGAACAGGCUGACCUGGAGCAGACCUUCAAUCCCUCAGAUCCCGACUGUGUGGACCGACUCUUACAGUGCACCCGACAGGCAGUGCCCCUCUUCUCUAAAAAUGUCCAUUCCACAAGAUUUGUGACUUAUUUCUGUGAACAAGUUCUCCCUAACCUCAGUACCUUGACUACUCCAGUUGAGGGUCUUGAUAUACAAUUGGAGGUGUUAAAAUUGUUGGCAGAAAUGAGUUCAUUUUGUGGUGACAUGGAGAAGCUAGAAACAAAUUUAAGGAAACUAUUUGAUAAGUUACUGGAGUACAUGCCUCUUCCACCAGAAGAAGCAGAAAAUGGGGAGAAUGCUGGUAAUGAAGAGCCCAAGUUGCAGUUCAGUUACGUGGAAUGUUUGUUGUACAGUUUUCAUCAGUUGGGCCGAAAACUUCCAGAUUUCUUAACAGCCAAACUGAAUGCAGAAAAGCUCAAAGAUUUCAAAAUCAGGCUGCAGUACUUUGCCCGGGGCUUGCAGGUUUAUAUCCGACAACUUCGCUUGGCUCUCCAGGGUAAAACAGGGGAGGCCUUAAAAACGGAAGAGAACAAGAUUAAAGUUGUUGCAUUGAAAAUAACAAAUAAUAUCAAUGUUUUAAUCAAGGAUCUCUUCCACAUUCCUCCUUCUUAUAAAAGCACAGUAACCUUAUCCUGGAAACCUGUACAGAAGGUUGAGAUUGGGCAAAAGAGAGCCAGUGAAGAUGCAACUUCAGGUUCACCACCCAAGAAAUCGCCAGCAGGACCAAAAAGGGAUGCCAGGCAGAUUUAUAACCCUCCCAGUGGGAAAUAUAGCAGCAAUUUGGGCAACUUUAAUUAUGAGCAGAGAGGAGCCUUCAGGGGAAGUAGAGGUGGCCGAGGUUGGGGAACACGAGGAAAUCGUAGUCGAGGAAGACUCUACUGAAUAAGACAUCACAUUUUUCAAGCACUGUCAUGAGCUUAAUAAACGUAAAUUCUACUACUACUCAUUGGAUUGCCGGGGAUGUCCCUUUAAAAGGACUGCUGCCUUCAGUUGAAAACUUAAUGUUCUUUAUACCUUUGUAUGUAUGAUCUACUUUUGUAACAGACCAUGGUGUGUCUGAGGUAAAACCACAAUAUUUUUGGAGGCUUUGUCUCAAUCUUGUUUUUGCAAUAUCAUUAUUCGGACUUCAUAUUGUAAAUCUUUUACUUUUAAAACAUCUUGGUAAUUUGUUAUUGAGAGCAGUUUGAGUCUAAAAAUGUAAUGAAACUAAGUCUAGUUCUGGUAAUCUGGUAAAGAUCAUCAGUUUUGAAAGGUUACUGAUUUUAUUCUCCCAUGUUAGUUUUUUUACCCAAUGUAUGGAGAAAAGUAAUGGUAAAUCUCAACAUUUUAUUUUCCUUGUUAUUUUAAUAAAGCUGCUAGUCAAUUGUGCAGCAUUCCCUACUAUUGUCAUAAUAGAACCAACUUCCUUAAAAUGUAGAAGUGACAGUACAUUUUUAGGAGAAAGUAAAUUGCUUUGCACUGCUUCCUUUACUCUUCUCCAUAUAUUGGGAUACAGCUUUUGAAUAUGGGCUCUUACUAUUUGAAUAGAAAUGUGUAUGUAUAAUAAGCAUAUAUCUGUAUGUAUGUAUGUGUGUGUAUGUAGACACACAUAUAUAUGUGCAUGCUCUGGAACUUGAGUACACAACAAAUAUUUUAAAUUGCAAGAACGGGUAGUCUUUGACACAGUGAUUAUCCUUUUGAGGUUGAGUACAUUACUGACUUAUUACCUCCUAGGUUUUUGCUCCCCAUAGGGUUUUGAGUCAGUUGCACUUACAUGAUUAUUGUUAUUUAAAACUAAAGCAAUGGCUGUAUCUUCAGAGAGAAAUUUGGAGAUCCUUGUUGGUGAAAUACAGCCAAAUCUGAUAUAUAUAUAGGUUUCUACAGGAUGAGAUAGUAUAAUUUAGGAUUUGAAGAUUUAAUAACCAGGGCUACCCAGGAAAAGUGACCUGAUAACAUAGUACCAAUAAGUAAAGGAGGCUCUGUUUGCUUUUGCCACUUUUAAGACUUUUAACUUCUCAGGUUAACCAAAUUAUUGUAUAAGUUAGCAAAUAGAAUCCUUAGGUUAAAAUGACAGAUGGGAGGUUUGUGGAGUGUCUAAUGUCAUGGGCAUUUUUGGUAGCAUAGACCCAUUGCUCUGCAUUUAUUUUUUUCUUUUUUUUUUUUCAUAGUUAACUUUCUUUUCCCAAAUUUGCUAUUAAACUCAGAUGCCCAAAUGACAUUUCUACUAGUUUGAUGUAAUUUUUGAGGAUUAGUUUGUGAUUCCAAUGCAGGUGUCUCCAUUACCAUUACUUCUACACUGGGAAAAAAACAAAACCCACAUGUCUAUAAGGAAAAUAUUUCUUAAAGGCUAGAAUGAUACAAGUGAGCAUAAGAAGUUGGUCAGCUUGACUAUGGAGUGACGGCAAUAAUUUCUAUAAACAUUCCAAAAGACUGAGCUGCACCUAAGCUCCCUUGGAACCUGAAUAGACACAGGAACAUGGAAUUAACAUUUGAGAACUUCUGCUAGCUGCUCUGGACCUGAGACAGAUCAGCCAGUGACUUAAAAGCCAUUUCAAGUACAAAAACCAUGUUGGAUCUCCAGCUAUAUAAAUUUGAACAUUAAGUGUAAUUUUGUCCUCUUUUUUAAGCAUAUUUGUAAACCUAAAGCCGAACAAAAGUGACUUGACUUUCUCAAGUUUGAUACUGAUUUAACACUUUUUCUUCCCUUAACAGUGCAUUGUUCUCCAUCCCUUUCUUAAGGGCAAUAGUUAGGUGGGUUUUUUUUUGUUGUUUUUUUUGGGUUUUUCCUUCAAAAAUGAAAAUGAAAAACUUCAU